AUGAGGCCCCCCCCAGACCCUCCCCACAGAAAGCACAUCCCCGGGCAGAGCCUCCUGCUCACAGCCUCACUUGUAACCUCCUGGAACUCUCCCAGCACUGCCCAACUCAGUAUGGAAUCUGUGCUGUUCAAUGCUGCUGAAGGGAAGGAUGUUCCACAAUCUUGUCCACAAUCUGCCAGAGAAUACUCAAGUUAUGUCUGGAACAAAGGAAAAAGGGUAGGUGCUAAUCUCAUUGCAGCAUAUAUAAUAUACACUCAAGUAAAUACCCCAGGGCCUGCAUAUAGCAGUCAAAAGACAUUAUUCCCCAAUGGAUCCCUGCUGUUCCAGAACGUCACCCGGGGGGACACAGAACACUACACACUACAAAUCGUAGAUGCAAAGCUCAGCACUGACCAAGCAUCUGGACAGUUCCACAUACACCAUAAGCUGGAUCAGCCCCUAGACAACAGGACUCUCACUUUACUCAGCGUCACAAGGAAUGAUACAGGACCCUAUGAGUGUGGAACCCAGAAUCCAGUGAGCGCCAGACACAGCGAACCAUUCAUUCGGAAUGUGCUCU